UUUGAGUCGGCUCGUUCGUUUCUUCUUCUUCUUCUUCUUUGCUUGUUUUCAAUUUUGGAUCUAUAACUUGGUCAUUUACUCCAGGAAAUACUUGCCGAUGCCUUAUUAUUGGUGUACUUUAUUUUGACAGUCCAGCCGGAGGUGGUAUAUCAUUGGAAUGUUUGGCUUAACCCUGAGCUAGACGUACACCCCGUGAUCUCCAAAACAACACAACAAAGUGGCGCAAAGAAACAUGGCGAGCGCCGAGGAGUCACGAAGACGCCCCUCCGUUACAUCGUCUUCAGUCGGCCUGGAGGCCCUGUUUCCCGCCGGCACGUCGGCGCACUCUUGUGGCGAAGGGAACCCGGAGCUCGAGCGACUGGGGGAGCGCAUUCAAGACUGGCUGUCACCGUACGAGCCUGCAUUGCUGUGGCUUCAGCGGCUGCUGGUGUGGGAGAGGCCGCUGUACAGCAUCUCGGUCGCCCUCACGCUAAACACGUUAUUCUGGCUCCUGUCAUACACUUCCCUGCGCCCACUUUUCCUGUUGAGUGUGUCCCUCCUGGGACUGAUGCUGCUGGAGAGAUGGAAGCCCAAGUUGCUCACCGUUACUAUUCCACGUGUAGAGGUUUCCCCCAUUCAAAGUGACUCGAUGAGCACAAAGCAGCGGCUGCUCAGCGUUCCUGAGCUCAGUCACCACCUUGCGGAAAGUUAUCUGACGUCUUCUCUGUUCCUGCACGAGACACUGCAGUACAAACGACAGAAUCACGGCAAGUUCUGUGCAGUGAUGUGCAGCGGCUGUUUUGCAUUUGCGGUUGUCGGACAUUAUGUUCCAGGAAUCAUGAUCUCUUAUAUCAUAGGUCUUAGUGUAAUUCUGUGGCCACUAGUGGUGUACCACGAACUGAUCCAAAGGAUGUACACCGGCCUGGAGCCCAUCCUAAUGAAACUGGACUACAGCAUGAAGGGACACACAGAGCCUCGCAAGCAUGACAAGAGAAAGGUGAAGAAGGAGGUGGAGGAGGGCGACGAGCCAAGAGCUGAAACGGAAAGCGAAAGUGAGGAGGAGCUCUCCUGUUUUGCCCCAACGGUGGAUGUUAAGACUACGGCCCUGGCAAUGGCCAUCACAGACUCAGAGUUGUCUGACGAGGAGGCGUCCAUAUUGGAGAGCGGUGGCUUCUCAGUUUCCAGAGCUACGACGCCCCAACUGACUGAUCUCUCUGAAGACCUGGAUCAACAGAGUUUACACAGUGACCCAGAAGAGUCCUAUCUGCGGGAUCUGCCCGAAUUUCCCUCCGUUGAGGACUUUCCGUCCUUCGAGCACAACCUCCUGCGCUUUCCGUUGCAAGGGUCGGGCCAAGGUGACAGAUCCCAGGCGAGCGCUCCUGCAGAGGCCGAACCGUUUAGCCCCGCCAGCCUCCUCAUCCAGCACCUUGCAUCCCCUCUUCACUUUGUGAACACUCACUUCAAUGGCCAUGGGAGACCACCUGGCACUGAGGUGGCCGUGUUUCCGGCGACAGGGGAAGGAGCAUCGGGCCAGGGAGGAGAGGAGAAGGGAGCUGCUGUUACCCAAGGUGCGCAACGGUCACUUGAGGCCCUGAGUGAGGAGAUUGUCAGCACAGCCAUCUCCACUGUGGUGCAGAACACUCUGUCAGCACUGCUACGCUCCAGCGAGGCCAGUGAGGAGCCCGUCCUGGCCGAAUUCCUUCCUCAUGAAUCCCCCCCAGGCGUUAUGGAGACCUUCAUCGAAGCCACCGAGACCGCUAGCCCCGCGAUGGCGCAGGUGCUGGGGCCUGACGAGGACCUGGAGACGCUAACCACAGAGAGCAUCACUGGUGGUGACACGCACGAUGAUACGCUGGUUGCUACCGAAGAAGAGGAUUUUGAGCUUCUGGACCAAAGUGAACUCGAGCAGGUGGAUGAGGGGCUGGACCUCAGCCCUGAAAGACUGCUGGUGGGGGGAACCUCGGAAGCUCCACAGCAUCAACAUCAGUCAUAGCUUCCCUUUUGCCCCCCACCCCCACCCCGACCCCUCCUAUUCUAAUGUGUUUUGUUUUUAAUUUGUCCAUUACAAUUACGUGAUACCCAGCACUACAUCCAAAACAUUUAUCAAAGAAUGUGUGAUACUGUUGGUGCCCGACAGAAGCUUGAGCUGUCAGCAUUUCAGAUCUGGCCUCUGAGAAUUGAAAUUUGCUUCGUAAGCAAAUUCCCCGUGUUGAAUAAACCUGCUGUCAGAAGCAGGUGUUUGUCCAGAUGUUGUUACAGAGAUUAGGAUUACAAUGCAGUAUGUGCUCUAAAUUAUUUCAUUUAACUGUUAGAUGGCAUAUUUAUCUGAGGGUGAAUUAAAAAACAAAUUCUUGCACCCCUCUAAUGAUAUUGCUGACAUGCCAUAAGUAAAGUAAAAGUAUUCGCUUUAUCUAAUCAGCCGCAUUGAGUCAUAGUUGCGCUUUCACGUGUUGCCUGGAAACGGAAACUUUGACAAUGUUGGAUGUUGAAAAGAUCUUUACCCACACAGGUAAUUGACCUAAACAGCUUUCCUCUGUGGUUGGUGCCUCGGUCUUAACUAAUAAUUUGCUAGUAGACUCUAAUUUUAUGCCACAUGUCAUUGCUACAGGUGAGGUUGAGUUCUUAUAGUUAUCCAUUAUUUACCAACUAAUCACAACAAAUACAUUGCGUGCCAUGCAUUACACAUGAACUAACCAUUCGAAAUAAGUGUAGGUUUUGCUUUAACCGCUCAGCAUCCAAAUCUCAGGGGGCAGGGUGUACAAAUUGGCUCGCAGUGUUGUGUUCAUUUCCCAACUUGUCCUCGUGAACUGUAUUUGUACUAACCUCCCAGUUUACCAACCUGCCAGUGUAUAUUGUAGAAAUAAUCAAAAGAAAAAUGGAAUUGAUAUAUUCCGCAAUAUUCUGCAUGUAAAACAACACUUUCAUUUCUCAACUAUGUGCUGCACAAUGUGUGGGGAAAAAUACAUGUGAAUGUUUCAGGUUGAAGUCAGUUUCUUUAAUAUUUACCAGUGAGCGGAAUAUAUGUUUGGUAUGUCCUCAUUACAGUGACCUGUAAAUGAAGAACAAUUGAUAACAUUCAGAGUUUGACAGACUAAUUUGUGUUUGGUGGUAGUGUGCUUACAAGAUUGCUUAACUCAUUUAAAAAAAAAAAAAAAAAAAAAAAGACACCCGUUGAACUGUUAACUUAAAAGGAAUAUAUUUUCUAAGUUCUCUUUUUUUCCAUAAAGUACUCAGUUUGAUCUUUUACAUCUUGAGACUAUCAAAAGCAAAACACAAGUUUGUACAGGCAAGGUUUAUUAUAAUUAAACUGGUGAAUUGAACGACAACUCCGCAUGACAGUGAGAGAAUAAAAGAACAAACUGAAAAGCA